GUGGAAGUUUGGGCGAACCGGCAGGAUAUCAGACUGAUCCCACUAGUAGUGAUAAUAGCUCAAUCGAUCGCCGUUCGCCACCGAAACGACAGGAACCAGUAAACGACUAUGGAAUUAGCUUUGGCCAGGCAACGCAAGCCCCAAAUCUGGGGCUCGCACCACCUAAUCCACGUAAAGAGAAUGGAAUAUUGAGGAAGCCUUCAAAAGCCACAAUACCUAGCGGACACUCGGAAGAGCGACCGCAGGUGGAGAAGCGAAAGAGUUGGUUUAAACGAUUUAGUAAAGCCUAGGCCUAUUAACGAACGAGUCGAUAUUGCUUCUGCGAUGGAACUAUUCGCACAUCUUAAUACCUCUUUGAGAUACCCCUUGUCUCUACGACAUCCGACAUUCCCAUGAAUAAUUUUUUAUGUUAUAACCCCGAUUGGGAUGCAAUUCUAGAAGAUACAGUUUUGACGAUCAUUAAUGGACCAGAGGUCAUGGAUUGACCCGGAUAUGCGUACCCUGAAUAUUGAGCAGGGUUCGAAGAUGAAGUUCAUAAGGACGAGUUUUGCGACAUUCAGCAUCUGGUAUGGUGUUUCCUAUUGAAACGUCGCAUUUGCGGGCACGGGAGGAGGCUUUGGUGAAAUAUGAUAAGGUAGCAUCAGAAAGGGGAGUUGGUGUUGGUGGAAGGUUAUGUUCACGAUGUUAGGAAUAUUUGGAGGACCGGGCGAGCUUCCUCGUCUCAUAGUCUAUUGUCUAUCCUUAAUGACCCUAUUCUCCAUGACCCCAUUACGGGCGGAUAUAUGCGAGGCCUAUGUGGUAUGUGGAAAAGGGAUCGGACAGGCAAGGGUGUACUGCACUCAGUGGCUUACCAGAAGCCAUCUGCUAGAAUACAAAUGUCACAUUUGACUCAAUGUCAAUUUCAUAAUAUGGCAUGGUGAACUCUCUUUUAGACGUUAUCCCUUAUUUACGAAAUAGGUCACGUAAUGAAGAAAUAAUACCAAGGAGGAAUUCCGAACCAAG